AUGAUUAGAGAGCUCUUUGACCCUGCUGAUGUCCCAGCCAUUCUUUCCAUUCCCCUCCCUAUGAGGCACAAAGAAGAUAAAUCCAUUUGGGUCCCAAAUGCCAAGGGAGUGUUCACUGUGAAAUCUGCCUAUCAUUCUAUCACUAACAAAUACCUCCCCAACCCCCCAUCUGCCCCAUGGAAAAAGAUUUGGAAUCUUAAUGCUCCUGAACAUUUGAAAAUGUUCCUUUGGAGAAUUGGGGUAAAUGUCCUCCCCACUAGAGAAAAUCUGCUGAAGAGAUUUGAUGUAGUAGAUUCCUCAUGUGUUCAUUGCGGUGCAGAUCCUGAAUCAGCCAUUCAUGUUUUCUUCACUUGUACUGUAGCAAGAGCUUUAUGGCAUUCGGCUUGUUGGGGCUUUAGAGCAUAUGAAGCCCAUAUCCAAUCUUCUGAAGACAUCAUCAAGUUAGUUCUUGAACCUCUAACAUCCAUUUGCCCAAACAGUGAAUCAUGGAGAGUCUCCCUCAACAUGGCUCUCACGCUAGAUGGAAUAUGGAAUCUGCAUAACCAAGUUCUUUUUCAUGAAGAUAAAGCUGAUAUACAAGCAGCUACACAACAAAUUCAGUUUAGACUUGUGGAGUUUUCAAGGAUAGCAGCCCCCAAUACCUACACCACACCUCCGCCCUCCCUAUUGAGUUGGACCCCCCCACCAUUCAACUGCAUUGAGAUCAAGUUGACGCUGCACAUUCUGAUCUCAAAGCUUCCAUAG